CUUAGCGCCCCUGGAUAGGAGGCUGUUUUGGAAGUGACUUGAGCUGUUGGUAGCGGCGUGGAGUCUGGAGAAGCUCAGCGUCAGGAAGAAGCAGGAGGAAGCUGCAAGGUUGGGUACCAGCAUUUCCUGGGACACACCUGCCUGAAGACAGAUUUCUGAGCAGAAAGUGAGAGCAGACCCAAGCAUACCAAGACAGAGCCUCCAGUUAGCAGCUCUUUUCCGAGGACAGAAGAACAUGCUCCGGGCUCAGGAACCCCUGACAUUCCACGAUGUGGCCGUGGACUUCACCUGGGAGGAGUGGCAGCUCCUGGACCCCGAGCAGAAGGACCUGUACAGGGACGUGAUGAUGGAGAACUACAGCCACCUGGUGUCCCUGGGAUAUCAAGCCCCCAAACCAGAUGCACUCUCCAAGCUGGAACAAGGGAAGGAACUGUGGAUAGUACAGGAUGAACUUCACUGUCUAGUCUCUCCAGAACUCAAGCAAGUUGAUGAUCCUCUGCAUUAUCACUUGCAAAACCGAAGCCUUCAGAAUGGUGUGGAACAAUGCUGUGAACAUAAUAUAUCUACAAAUGUUAAUCAAAGUGAAGGUCAUUUCCUAUUAAAGCAAAAUCAUGAGAUCUUUGAGAUAUGUGAGAAACCUUUAAAAUCAAAUUUAUGUUUUGAAAACCAAAACAGAAGCUGUAACUUAACUAAUUCUGUUGAGUUGAAUGGAGAUGGGACAGUCAUUCUGCAUGGCAACCAUGAACAAUUUUACAACGAAAUUAAAUUUCCUGUCAGUAUAAAAAACAUCAAUAACAAUUCCCAGGUUAUAAAGCAACAGAGAACUCACGACAUAGAGAAAGCCCACAUAUGUACUGAAUGUGGGAAAGCCUUCAUCAAGCUAUCUCAGCUCAUUCAUCAUCAGAGAGUUCAUAUUGGAGAUAAAUCUUAUGGAUGCAGCCUGUGUGGGAAAGCCUUUUCCAGAAAAUCCAGGCUCACUGAACAUCAGCAAACUCAUACAGGAGAGAAACCCCAUGAAUGCCAUCUAUGUGGGAAGACCUUCUCUACAAAGUCUAAUCUCAGUAAACAUAAGAAAACUCAUACAAGAGAGAAACCUUAUAUAUGCAGUGAAUGUGGAAAAGGCUUCAUCCAGAAGUGUCACCUUGUUGAACAUCAUCGAACUCAUACAGGAGAGAAACCAUAUAUAUGUAAUGAGUGUGGCAAAGACUUUGCCUCGAUGAACAGUCUUACCAGACAUCAACAAACUCAUACAGGAGAGAAACCUUACAUAUGUAAUGUGUGUAGCAAAGGCUUCAGCAGAAAGAGCCUUCUCUUUGAACAUCAAAGAACACAUACAGGGGAGAAGCCGUAUGUAUGUAAUGUAUGUGGAAAAGGCUUCACCAUGAAGGGUAAUCUCAACGUACAUCAGCGAAUUCAUACUUUAGAGAAACCGUAUAUGUGCAAUGAAUGUGGGAAAAGCUUCACUGUGAAUAGUUCUCUGAUUUUACAUCAGCGAACUCAUACAGGAGAAAAGCCCUACGUAUGUAGUGAAUGUGGGAAAGGCUUUCCUGUGAAUAGUUCUCUGAUUUUACAUCAGCGAAUUCACACAGGAGAAAAACCCUAUGUGUGCAGUGAAUGUGGGAAAGGAUUCACUGUGAAGCGUUCUCUGAUUUUACAUCAGCGAACUCACACAGGAGAAAAAACCUAUGUGUGCAGUGAAUGUGGAAAAGGUUUUCCAGUGAAGAUGCAACUGAUUGUACAUCAGCGGUCUCAUACAAGAGAGAAACCAUAUAUAUGUAAUGAGUGUGGGAAAGGCUUCACCAGGAAGGGUUUUCUCAUCAAACAUCAGCUAACACAUACAGGGGAGAAGCCCUAUGUAUGUAGUAUAUGUGGAAAAGGCUUCACCGUUAAGAGUAGUCUCACUGUACAUCAGCGAAUUCAUACUUUAGAGAAACCAUAUACAUGCAAUCAAUGUGGGAAAGGCUUUACUGUGAAGAGUUCUUUCAUUGUACAUCAGCGAACUCACACAGGAGAGAAACCCCAUGUAUGCAGUGAAUGUGGAAAAGGCUUCUCAGGAAAGAUGCAGCUGAUUUUACAUCAACGAUUUCAUACAGGAGAGAGACCUUAUGUAUGUAGUGAAUGUGGGAAAGGUUUUACAGUGAAGAGUCAUCUCAUCAGACAUCAGCAAAAAACAUGUAGGAGGGGAGCCGUAUGUGUGUAAUGGGUAUGGAAAAGGCUUCACUAUGAAGAGCGAUCUCACUUUACAUCAGUGAACUCAUACUUAAGAGAAACCUUAUGCUGUAAAACCAACAUAAUGGACUAAUCAGUAGAUAAGUGGAUAAAAAGCUGUGGAACAUCUAUAUGAUGGAAUACUAUGCAGCAUUAAAAAAAAAGAAUCUCUUACCUUUUAAGACAGCAUGGAGGGACCUGGAGCGUAUCAUGGUAAGUGAAAUAAGUCAGUCAUAGAAUGACAAAUAUUAUAUGAUCUCACUCAUAUUUGGAAUCUAAGUAACAAAUUAAACUGAUGAACUGAGUAGAUCCAGACAUGGAAGCAUGAAACAGUGUGUGGAAACUUGGCAGGAAGGCGGAGAGGUAGGUGGGUAGGAGGUAAUCAACCAAAGGACUUGUAUGCAUAUAUGCAUAACCCAUGGACAGAGACAGUAGGGUGGUGAAAGCAGGGGUGGGGGGCUGCAGGGGGUCAAUGGUGGGAAAAAGGGGACAUGUAACACUUGCAACAAUAAAGAUUUAAAAUUAUAUGAAAAGUUUAAUUUCACAAAAAAGUUUUCUGUAUGCAUUAUUGCUAUGUACGCACUGUAGUUUUUGAGACUA